GAGCCUACCCAAGACUCCAAGAGGCGAGAAAAAUAUAAAAACGACCUGAAUCCGCACCGUCCCCUUUCCUCUCGCCGCCGACCUCGUCGGCCGUCUCCACCGCCGGCCGGACUACGCUUCCCCAUCGGUGCGGCCACCCCCUCGAGGCCUUCACAUCAGCGCCGCCACCAACCGGUUGCAGUAUCGCUGAUCUCCUCCUCUUACCAGGAGGCAAGAUGUCGUCGCUCGCCGCGGCAAGGGCGGAUAACUUCUACUACCCGCCGGAAUGGAGCCCAAAGAAGGGUGGGCUCAACAAGUUCCAUGGACAACAUGCUCUCAGGGAACGGGCGAGGAAGCUGGACCAGGGCAUCCUGAUUAUAAGAUUCGAGAUGCCAUUCAAUAUUUGGUGUGGUGGGUGCAACUCCAUGAUAGCAAAGGGAGUGAGGUUUAACGCUGAGAAGAAACAAGUUGGGAAUUAUUACUCUACCAAGAUAUGGAGCUUCACCAUGAAAUCACCAUGCUGCAAACAAGAAAUAGUUAUACAAACAGACCCAAAGAAUACUGAGUACGUCAUAAUUAGUGGAGCUCAACGAAAGACUGAAGAUUAUGAUGUGGAGGAUGCAGAGACACUACUGCUACCUGCAGAUGAAGAAAGAGACAAGCUUGCGGAUCCUAUGUAUAAGCUUGAACACCAGGAAGAGGAUCUUAAAAAGAAGAAAGAAGCUGAACCAGUUUUAGUUCGCCUUCAACGACUCUCCGAUAGCCGGCAUUCUGAUGACUACGCUCUUAACAGAGCCCUUCGUGAUCGUCUUAGGAGCCAAAAGAAGAGAGUUGCUGAAGAGAAAAGAUCAGCUAGAAAGAUGGGACUUGGAGUACGGCUUUUACCACCCUCUGCAGAAGAUGCCACUGCAGCGGCUUCUGUGAAGUUUGCAUCAAAAUUUGAGAAGAGCAGAAGGGACAAAAGAGCAGCAAUUAAGGCUGCUUCCAUCUUCCCGGAGUCAUCAAGCUCAACUUCAAAGAACAAGCUGGAUCUUGCACUGAAGAGGCGAAAUAUAAAAGCUGGUGCUGCCUCAGCGCUGAUGGCGAGCAGGGUGAAGCCGUCGUCAUGGCAGAGCGCCGGUUCUGGAAGUUCAAGGACUCAGAUGCCGAUCAUGGCAACACGUAAGUAGCCACCCCAAGAAGAAAGGCAUUUUUCUUCUUCUGGAAGAAGAAAUACCAUCUGCUUAGCUGCGCCAUCAGAAGUUAAAACCAGCUUGUUUCGGUUGUUUCUUUGCUCCAGUUUCUGUACGAGUAUGUGUAAUGUGUAGUGUAUAACUUGAAAUCUUUUUGGCUGUAUGCAUUCCGGUGUCCAGCUCAUGCUAGUCGGUUUGUUACAUUAUCUUGUACACUAAGAAUUUAGUAAUCUUUGUAUAUAUGUCAUGACGUGUCACACUGUAUGCUCGCACACAGCGACGAAUGGCUUGCGAUAUACUAUCUGAAGGUUGAAGAAUAAAAACUGCUUGAUGGCCA